CGUUUUUUUUUUUCAUCCAUCCGUAAUAAUAUUCCGCCAUCCGCACGGCACGCCGCGAUAUUUCCCCCCCAGGUGCAGGAUUGCAAUUUUUUUUUUCCCCAUCGAAACGUUAUGCGUCUUACGCUGCCGCCGUCGUCGUCGUCGUCGCCGCCGCCGCCGCCGCGUACACACUGUCGUCGUAAAUAGUGUAAUUAAUAAUUAACGAUAAAAUAUAUACAUACACUAUAUAUGUACACUUAUUGCAUAAAAUAUAAUAUAAACACAAAUACUAUAUAUUAUAUAUAUAUUCAUAUAUACCUAUAUUACGUAUUAUACACUAUGCGGUCGUGGGAUUUACGUUGAAAAUCGCCAACUAUUGUUUGUACGCGGGGAGAGAGACAUUGUCCACCGUCGUCGUCGUCGCCGCCGCCGCCGCCAACGCAAGAGAGUAAUAAUUUUGCGGGGAGAGUUUCGCCAAGUAUUGUAAAAUCGUCCAUCGCACGGUGUCCGCCGCCGUCGUGCACGCGCGCAAAAAAACAGUCGGCCGCCGUUUACCGUGUGUGUGUGUUAAUAAAUAAAAAAAUACCGACGACCAACAACGACAACUACAUUCGGACACAUUCGGCUCGUUGUCCGCCCGCGCGCCAUGCACGUUUGACGGAACCGUUUGCGAUACUGCAGCCAUCUGAGCGGCUACUGUUAUGAACGUUUAAAUUGUGUUCUCUAAACAAUCUGGAAUGGACCCACAACAACAGUUUUGCCUCAAGUGGAACAGUUUCAGUAAUAAUCUAGUGACUGCAUUUGACAGCCUUUUUAAAUCAGAAAGUCUGACUGAUGUUUCACUGUUUUGUGAAGGCAAAACUUUCAAAGCUCACAAAUUAAUUUUAGCGGCAUGUAGUAAACAUUUUCAAGAUAUAUUUGAAGCUACCCCGCUAGGAACGAGUCUAAUAGUUAUACUCGAUGGAACGUCUUCUACUAACAUGGAAUCUUUACUUGAGUUCAUGUAUCGAGGAGAAGUACAGAUUUCUCAAGAAAGGCUCUCUAGCUUUUUGAAAACCGCAGACCAUUUACAGGUCAAAGGCUUGUCAUUUGAAUAUGACAAAUUGUCAUUUACCAGUCAACAAGAACAAUGUAACAGUGAAAACAAAACAUCCAUCGAGUCUCCUAAACAAAAACAAAAUGGAUCAGCAGAAGCUCAGCUGCAGUCAACCUCUACCUCAUUUAGUCCCCUGCCGUAUUUAAAUACUAACUACCGUCAAACAAGCAUGCAUGGCGAGCAACAUCCUCCGUCACCCGACCCGCAAAGAAAUAAACGUGUAGCACAUCAUAACGGCCCGAACACUACUCCAGGCACAGAUACCCUUGGUGUUAGAGAGUCUGUGUUAAGGGACGGCUCUAGACCACAAAGGGAACCGCCUAUUGCUCUUACAAAUUAUCAUCCAACAACCCAUUUGGAAAAUUCUCAUCAACCUCAAACAAAUAACUCUGGUCCUGUAGAUGCUACUACUUCAUCUCAUCAUUAUCGUAACGUUACCAAUAACUGUGGAGAAGAUCUGCGAAUAAAACCGGAACCUGCACCCGCACCGAAUAUUAUAGAUUAUCCUCAAAUUACGGGAACGCAAAAUGAAUGGAAAACGGUCGAUAACGGCACAACUCCACCAUCUCCUUCGAGUCAUUCGUGGAAAAUAGAUACGUCUCAUAAAACGGCCGAUGGAAAAAAAUUACAAUGUCCUUACUGCGAACGUUUAUACGGUUACGAGACAAAUCUUAGAGCUCACAUAAGACAGAGGCAUCAAGGAAUUCGCGUGCCAUGUCCGUACUGUGCUCGUACGUUUACGCGGAACAAUACGGUGAGGAGGCACAUUGCCAGAGAACAUAAAACGGAAGUAGCUGUAAAAUCAAACCUGACUUUUCCACAAACCGCUGCAAACCAUAACCAAUAAAUUUACCAAAACUACCUCUUUCCCAAAAACUUAUAGUCCUCAAACCUUAUCUACCUCUCGCUAGACUUGGAUUAUACUACCAGUUUAAAUAAUAAUAAAUAUAUAUGUAUAGUAUAAUAGUCUGGUACAUAAGCAAACUGCAGACUAACUGCCCUUAAAGUACAAAUGUAAACCAUAAACACUUCUGCAACUAUUAAGACUGAUGAGGGCGGUGUUGGUUUUUCGGUGAAAAUACAUUUUUAUGACGCCGCCCUCAAUAUGAAACUUACCUCAAUGAUUUAUAUAAUAUAACUCAUAAUAUAGUAAUGUAUUUAUUAAUAGUAUAUGUGUAUAUAUAUAUAUAUAUAUAUAUAUAUAUAUUUAUGUAUAUGUAUAUUAUUGACAAAUAAGAUUAUAAAUAAAAAUGUUAAUGUUGAUUCUGUGGAUUGCUUAUGUGUCUGUAAGAUAUAAUAAUAAUAUGCUGUUAGUUAAGUCAUAAAAAGCAGCUCUCUUGUCAUAUAAAAGAUAUAAUAAUAUAAAUUAAAUUGAUAUAAUAUAUAUAUAUAUAUAUUAUACGUACUCAUAUGUAUACAUAUAAUUAACAAUUGGCUAUGAAUGGUACAUUUUAAAAUUUAUUUAUUGUUGUUAAUAAUGAUCAUAAUUGUUACUCGAACACUUUAGAAAAUUCAAGCUCUCGUUAAACGGUUUACAAUGAAACCAGAUUAUAGUUUUUUCGUUUGGUUUACAUAAAAAAUGUAAUAUAAACUCUCAAGCGUUCGACACAAGUGCAAAAAUUGAUAUUGGCUUUAGUUUAAGUAUAAAUUCGUGUAAAAAAUUUUUUAACAAUAAUAACAGAGUAUUUCAUUAAUAAUUAUUCGUCGUCAAUCACAUUUCGAUCGUCGAAAAGUAGAUUUUUAAGUAUGUAGUUUUAAAUUUCCUCAAUAAAAUAUUAAUAGCCAAGUGUGUGUAAAAAUAAUUUUUUAUUAUCUUUUGACAAUGUUGUUAUAGUCGGAUUAAUAUUUAAAUGUAAUUUUAAUAAUUAAUAUUUUCAAAACUUAUAAAAUCAUUUUGUUGACGUUAAUGUUGUUAGAAUAAUAUUAUUAGGGAUGGUUUUAGUCAAAAUAAUUUUCAAUUAUCAAACAAAAACAAAAUAUAUAUAUAUAUAUAUAUGUACAAAUAUAUAUAAAUGUAUGUUAUUCGUAGGAUAUUUGAUACAAAGCUUGGAACAACCUACUUAUAGCCGAUAAUGUUGUUUUAUAUUAUGUUCUUAAACACCGGUAUUAUUCACAAACUUCUCAUUUACAUCGUAAAGCAUGAUGACGUACAAUAUUGUGAUAUGGUCGAUGAUGUAAACAUUUUUUUUUUUUUUUUUUAGACAAUGUACCUGAUUUAAACUAAAAGUUUUAUUAUACUAUACUAUUAUAUUCGAGUAUUUUUAAAUUAUGAAACACAAAAAUGUACCAUUCAUUUCUCAAAAACUUAUGCCGUUAAUUUUUUUUUUGUAAUACUAGUCAUAUAACCGCUCCACUAGUCGCAAUAUAAUCGAAGCCCGAAUUUGUUUUUAUUGUGUUAUCCAAACUUGCAAAUAAUCAUAUAUAAUAGUUAUUUCUGUAUAAAUCUAACGUAACUACCUCGGAUAAGGUGUUUUCUAAUAGAUUACAACUUUUUUUUAUUAUUAUUACCUUUUGUCGUCUCGUACGUUUGUGUUACAAAAAAAAAAAUUUAACUAUAAACAAUUUUGUUGAUAUUUUCAAAAUUUUUGUUUUAAUUGUAAUGUACAAAUUUUUAAAAUUAAGUAAAUCUUUAUGAUUAUAAAAUUAAAAUAAUAAAGUUGUAUUUAUUAUAUAUAUACACAUACAUAUAUAAUAAUAAAAGUAUAAAAUAAAAACGGGGCAAUUAGUGGCCGUCUCUCAAGUCUUGAAAUAACAAAAAACAAAAAAAAAAAAUCACAUCUCUUUUGCCUCUAAUAGUUUUAAUGUAACGAUAGUACAAGUAUUUUUUAAUACCACAUGUUAUAGUUUUAUUAGAAUGUAAGAUGUUUUAUUAUUAUUUAUUUUGUUAUUUAAGCCGUUAAGAAUUUUAUUAUGUGUUUUGCCUGUAUACACUAGCCACUAAAUAUCUUAACACUACCUUCGCUAUUUACUUAUAUUCAUAAAUUGCAGUCUAAUCUGCAAGUUUUUAAAAGUGCACACAAUUUCUCUUUUUCUAUUUGUUUUUAUUUUCGACACAGGUCAAUUGAGUUUUUAAUUAAAAUUAUUAUCUAAUACAUUUGAAAAAUAGGAUUUGCCCUUUUCUCAUUUGUUUUUGAUGUUUUUAUUUCAUUUGUUAUUUAAAAAAAAAAGUUUCUGAUUGUUACAAGCAUUUUAUUAUCUUAUAAAAUAUGGUUUAUUUUUAUUAUUAUGUUUAUUUUUAUUUUACAAAUCAUCUUUUUUUUUAUUUAUUUAUUUAGUGAUAAUCGAAACAAAAUGAUACCUUGCUUGGUACAUAACUUAAAGUACAAUAUGUGGUGUCUUAAGUAAAGUUUUUAAUAAUAGUAAAGAAAAUGUAUAGAUUAUGUUGCUUGGGGAAUUUUUUGCACUAAACUUUAAGUGCAGACAAUCUGUAUGUUUGUUCAGUAUUCUGUUAUAAGUUGUGACAUUCCACAUUUAGUAAACACUAAGUGUUUUUUUUUUAAUUAUUAUAAUAUACAUACUUUGUUGUUAGGUAAACAUCACUAUAAAAAAAAAAAAAAUUAUAAAGUAAUAUUUAUAAUGACGUAUAGUACAAAUUGACUACCUCCACUUUUAAUAAGUUUUU